CUAAUCCCCUUGACACGUGGUGAUAUUUUGCUCAACUGGCAUAUUUACUUAAACUUUAUCUUGCUCUCUAUAUUAGAGAUAUCUUCUUGUUUGUAUGCUUUCGUCCCCAUUCUCCUCAGCACCAACAGAACCAUGUCUGCCUUUGUGGGAAAGUAUGCUGACGAGCUAAUCAAGAAUGCAAAGUACAUUGCCACCCCUGGGAAGGGUAUUUUGGCUGCAGAUGAGAGCACUGGCACCAUUGGCAAACGUCUGUCCAGCAUCAACGUAGAAAACGUUGAGGCCAACCGUCAGGCUCUGCGCGAGCUCCUCUUCACUGCUCCCGGUGCCCUUGCCUAUCUCUCGGGUGUCAUUCUCUUUGAGGAAACUCUUUACCAGAAAACUUCUGAUGGAAAGCCUUUCGUCGAUGUUCUUGUUGAGAACAAUGUUGUUCCAGGCAUCAAGGUGGAUAAGGGCACUGUUGACUUGGCUGGUACCAAUGGUGAGACCACCACUCAGGGCUUUGAUUCACUAGGGGCUCGGUGUGCUGAGUACUACAAGGCGGGUGCACGUUUUGCCAAGUGGCGUGCAGUGCUUAAGAUAGGGGUGACUGAGCCUUCUGAAUUGUCCAUUCAGCAAAAUGCUCAGGGCUUGGCUAGGUAUGCCAUCAUUUGCCAGGAGAAUGGACUUGUGCCAAUUGUGGAACCAGAGAUUUUGACUGAUGGCAGUCAUGACAUCAAGAAAUGUGCUGCAGCAACCGAGACCGUGCUGGCUGCAGUUUACAAGGCACUUAAUGACCAGCAUGUUCUUCUGGAAGGAACACUCUUGAAGCCUAAUAUGGUCACUCCAGGCUCUGAUAGCCCAAAGGUAGCAGCAGAAGUGAUUGCUGAAUACACAGUAACAGCAUUGAGGCGUACCGUCCCUCCUGCAGUGCCAGGGAUCGUGUUCUUGUCAGGCGGGCAGAGUGAGGAAGAGGCGACAGUAAACCUGGAUGCCAUGAACAAGCUGGAGGUGCUCAAGCCGUGGACUCUCUCGUUCUCAUUUGGGCGAGCACUGCAGGCAAGCACACUAAAGACAUGGGGAGGGAAGAAGGAGAACGUUGAGAAAGCACAGGCCGGAUUCUUGGCAAGGUGCAAGGCUAAUUCAGAUGCAUCUCUGGGAACAUACGGUGGUGGAAGUGCUGGCGGAGUGGCUUCUGAGAGCCUGUAUGUUAAGGGCUACAAAUACUAGGGGAAUCAAGACUGCAGACAUGUGUAUUGUCAAAAUCAUCAGCCACGUUGUUGAUUUCAGUAUUCGUCAUCAUAUAUUAUAGAGCUUCACUUACCAUGAAUCCAUCAUACAGUAAUUCUGAAAUGUAUUUGUUCAUAUUGUACUCGUUGUCAAGUUCCACACUAAUCUUUUCUUCGUUUAUA